AAUAUUGAUUUAAUUAUGAAGACGAAAGAUAGUAAUGCUUCAUCGUAUUUUGUGACUGCCAAGAUUAAUGGCCAAUACUUUGACGCGUUGGUUGACAACGGCGCUGCAGUUUCAGUCAUUUCUGAGGAACUGCUAACGCGAAUGAGCCCUGCAGCUGUAGUAAGGCCAGAUAGCCGCACAGAACUUCGUGGUUUUGGUAAUACGGUUAUCCCUGUAUUGGGCGAUACUACGGUCAACAUAGAGAUCGAAGAUUUGCAAGCUUCAUCGUGUCGUAUUGUGGUUGUCCCAAGAGGAGUUACGAGCAGACCCUUGGUGUUAGGACUCGAUUUCCUGGAGAAGCAUUUCAUGGUUAUUGAUACUGUGAACCGUUUGCUACUUUAUUCACCGCCAGAUGAAUCUCCUCAUUCGGUGCAUCUGAAGACUUCGUGUGGACUGGACGUCCAAACCACGGUGAGAACUGUCGACAAUGUGACGAUUUUGCCUCACGAGCUGAAAUUGAUUAAAGUUAGAUUGUCUGAUAUGUGUAUCCCUGAUGGUAGUGAAGGUUAUUUAGAACCAUUCAGUGUUCAUUCUACCUGUGGUGAGGAAAUUAAAGUUGCAUAUUCUUUGAAUGCUGUAAAGAAUGGUCAUAUCAUGGUCGAACUAUUAAAUGUUAAUCCUUCUGAAGUGCAAUUGAGACGAAAAACUAAGAUCGGUAUUUUCUGUGUGUCCUCGAAUUUAGUGUCAGUGUUAGGCAGUGAUGGUGUUGGUGAAAGUGUUAUUACUAGUGCUGGUGAAAGUGGUGUUAGUGUGGAAAAUUCUAUUCGUGUUGGAACUAGUGAUAUAUGUGCCGGUGAUUUGUUCGAUUUCUCGAAGAGUGACUUAAGUAAUGUGCAGAUUGCCACAGUCAAGUGUAUGCUCGAGAAACGCAGAGCGGCCAUUUCACUUCACAAGCAUGAUUUAGGUAGAACUGCAACGGCCAGACACGUUAUUGAUGUUCAGGGCAACCCACCUUGCAAACAGCGUUACCGAAGAUUUCAAGGACCAUUGCGACAUGAAAUUGAGGAAGAACUACGGAAGUUACAAGAUAGAGACAUCAUUGAACGGUCUAACUCUCCGUGGUCAUCGCCUCUGGUCCCUAUUCGCAAGAAAGACGGUAAUCUGCGUCUGUGUGUGGACUACCGUGCUCUUAACUCUGUGACAAAACGUGAUUCAUUUCCUUUACCCAACAUGAUUGAUGGUCUCUCUAACCUUAAUAACACGCAUUACUUUUCAACCUUUGAUCUGAUGCAGGGAUUUUACCAGAUGGAGAUGGACGAGGCCAGCAAAGAAUUCACUGCGUUUUCAACGGGCGAUUCCCAUUGGCAGUGGAAACGGAUGCCAUUUGGUUUGACUAACAGCCCCAGUUCCUUUAUGCAGUUGAUGGCGUUGGUGCUCGCUGGUAUCCCUUGGAGCAUAGCAAUCAGUUACAUUGAUGACGUGAUUAUUACAGGCUCUACUUUUGAAGAUCAUCUCGCUAAUUGCGACUUGGUGCUUUCGAGAUUUGAGGAGCAUGGUCUGAAGGUGAGGCCGGAUAAGUGUUCAUUAUUUCGGAGUGAAGUGACGUACUUGGGCCAUACUGUCGGUCGGGAUGGUGUCAGACCAGACCGCAGGAAUGUGCAAGCGAUCCUUGACUUUCCACAGCCGAAGACACAACGCCAAGUUAGAAGAUAUCUAGGUAUGGUUAACUUCUUCAGGCGCCAUAUCCCCAACGCUAGCACGAUCAUUAAGCCACUUGAUGAACUCAUUAAUCAGAAGAAACUUUCUUGGACAGAAGAAUGCAAUGCUGCCUUCCUAGGAUUGAAACAAAUAUUAACUAAUCCUCCUGUGCUCAGUUUUCCUGAUUUUUCCCGUGAAGCAGCGCCGCUGAUAAUUACUGUGGACGCUAGUGGCGUGGGAGCAGGCGCUGUCUUGACUCAGCAGCAGGACGGAGUGGAGCGACCAUUGGCGUAUGCCAGCACCACCUUUAAUCAGGUAGAAGUUAAUUACAGUGCGACCGAGAGGGAAUUAGCUGGUCUACGUUGGGCUGUGAAGACCUUCCGCCCAUUUAUCUACGGUCGAAAGUAUGUAAUACGUACCGAUCAUAGGGCUUUGAUUUAUUUGAACAACAUGAAAAGCGUGGACGCCAGGUUGAUGAGGACGUACGAGGAGCUGCACUGCGGUCAGUACGAGAUCCAGUUCGUUCCCGGUAAGGAGAAUGUGGUGGCGGAUGCUCUCAGCAGGAUGGUUGACUUGCCCGUGCGAAGUGACCAAGUUCCGUCAAACUACGCUGUUUCCUUGCAGGGUUAUAAGCUUAACGUCGUCCCUGGUGGUCCUGACUCGUUAUUCUAUGCACUCGCUCUUGGAAUUUCUGGCAGCAUGGAUGAACAUCCGGUUAUUCGUGAAGCCACUGUAGCAUGUGUUUUGAAAAAUCCGAUUAAGUAUGGUAUUGGUAAAGCUCAUGAGGCGAUACAGCAGAGACAUGGAGCGGCACGUCAGCACAGACCAGCCACGAGCAGCCGUCGCCAACUAGAGAGGCCCGAAGUAGCAUCGCAGAACAGCGCCUUGGGCGCGUUUUCGGUUCCGCCGAUAGCGACGAGUGAGGGGCACAACUUCGGCGAAUUUAAAAUUAAUCUCUCUGGGUUGGCUGAUAAGAUAGCAGCGGCAAUACGACAACGGGCAGACUACCAGCCGAGUAACGUAGCUGCAAACGAUGAGACAGAGGAGCAGCGAGAAGAGCCACUUUCAGAGUUGGAAGAAGACGAACAAGUCAGCCUUGAAUGGGAACAUCUGAGCGACGGGCUCGAGGAAGUUCUCGAGAAUUAUGUGGCUUCGCCUGAUCCAGUGGUCGACAACCGGACGUCACCCGAGCCUGCGUUGAGCAGCGGAGCGUCAACGGUGGUGCCGACGACUCAACCCAGAGCCACGACGCGUUCUCAGACUAGAAGAGUCGUGGAAGACUUAGUCAAGGCGCUGACCUUGAAUGCUGGACGAGAGAGCGACUUCUUAAGAGCCGCUGAUACUCCCUACAGCUUCACUCUGAAGAAAGGACAUCCGACUUAUUUGUCGGAAGACUUCGAGCUUCCAGAAGAGUUCUCAGGACCCAAAACUUUGUCCAAGUUCGAGCAGAGACGAGGGCACCCUGCGGGAGCUGCGCAAGACUUCGAGUUACCGGAAGAGUUUCAUUUCCUUGCCAGAAGCUCAGUUUCGGAGGGCCCUGAUCUCUCUGAUCACCUCGAUCGCGAAAUGAAUUCUCUGUCGGAUCGAUGGAACACAGAAGACGAAGAAUUGUAG